AGCGGGCUGAGCUGGUGGUGCUGAAGCUGGAGGAGAGCGGACCGAAUCCGGCGAUGCUGUGAUUUCCGAGCGCGCUGUUUCACUCUGAACCACCAAACCGGGACGUUUUCCACCUUCACGGACGCCGGAGACACGGAGAGAGGUUUACCGGGGAGCAGGAAGAUGGCGGAGAAGGUGGAGGCCGGUGCAUUGUCAGCUAAAAUGAUGACAUCACCAGCUUCUGAAAAGAAACUCCGGAGUAAUGGCCACACCUCCCCCGCCCACCAGACGCCCAAUCACGGCAGCCCUGUUGCUGGGAAACAGACGGAGAUGCUAACUCCUCCAGAAAAGAAACUGCAGACCAAUGGCCACGCCUCACCUGUUAGAAAUCCAGCCAAUAGCAGCAACGGCCACACAGGUAAACAGUGUCUGGAGGGCUAUCUGAAGACGGAUGACCGGAUGCGUCUGGCGAAGGAGAGGCGGGAGGAGAGAGAGAGGAGUCUGGCGGCGAGGGAGCAGGCUAUAAUGGAGAAGGAGCGUCGUGCUCGGCUGCAGUAUGAGCGGACGGUGGAGGAGAGGUGGAGGCGUUUGGAGGAGCAGAGGCUGAAGGAGGAGCAGCGCAGAGCCGCCGUGGAGGAGAAGAGGAGGCAGCAGCUGGAGGAGGAAAAGGAGCGUCUGGAGGCGCUGAUGAGGAAAUCUCUGGAGCGCAGCCUGCAGCUGGAGAACAGAAACAAACGCUGGACAUGGGGAGCCAGCGGAGGAGGACAGGGUGACUGGGAGAAUGCCUUUCCCCCUUCUGCUGUCUCCGCCCUCCCCCAUGACCUCGCCGCCCCCUCUGCUACUGCCAGCGAAUCAGGCAACGUUCCCUCCAGUCCCCACAGGUCACCGUACCGUGGGUCGCCCAGCCGUCGCCGUGGCAACACCGAGGAGUCGGGAGGAGGGGUCAACACCCCUCCCAGCACCCCAAAGAAGGAGAGUUUGCGCAGAGAGAGGCGGCUCGGUUCUCCGGCUGCAGGAUCUCCCGUGAGACGACCCGAAUCUCCAGCUCAAAUCAUCCGCCGCUCCGCUUCACCCUCAACACCAAAGUUGACUCCUCGGAGCCGUAAUCAAUCUCCUGUAACUGUCCGUCAAUACCCACCGUCCCCUCUGAGACACAGACCGGCCACGCCCGUCACUGACGGCAACAAGACCACCAACAACACACAAGGCCAAGAGGUCAAAGGUCAUGAUCAUGCAGAUAAAAAGCUCCUGAAAGCGGAUGAAGCUCCAAAAAAAAGCCCCAUCUCUGAGAGCCCAGGCCCCGCGGGGAAAACGGAGAGCCAGGCUAGAGCAGUGUCCGGCUCGUGGACCCCAGAGAAACGAAGCUGUAAACAAUCAGAAAACCACAACAGCGCUGUUAAAGCGGGAAACAGCGGACAGAAGAGUCCGGGAGCGGAAAACCAUGAAAAGAAAAACAUGGGAACGGCGGAGAACCGGAGCCCGAAGAACAGCACUCACGAUGUCACUGCGGAGAAGAGCACAGAUCGUUCACCUUCGGCCCCUACUGGGAAGGCUGUUGCUGGGACGACAGACGCGGAGGAGGCGUCUCGUCUGUUAGCGGAGAGACGGCGUCUGGCUCGAGUCCACAAGGAGCAGGAGGAGCAGGAGAGGCUGAAAGCAGAGCAGCUGAAGGCUCAGAAGCGAGCGGAUGAGCGAGUUCGCGAGGAAGAGGAGGAGCGGCGGAGGGAGGAGGAAGAGAAGGAGAGAGAUGCCAAGCGUCAGCGGAUGGAGAGAGAACAGAUGAAGCAGCAGGAAGAACAGGAGAGACAGCAGAGGAAAAAGAGAAUUGAAGAGAUCAUGAAGAGGACGAGGAAGAGCGAUGGGGAGAUGAAGAGAGAGGACAGCCUGGAGCUCCAGUCGCCCCCGUCCCACCAACUCUCCCCACCAGGUGAAAUCCAGGUGAACUCAAAGGUGAACGGUGAGGUAAAGACUCCACCUAGCAGCACUCAGGUGAACCCUCCAGCUCCUGUGCCAGUCCGCAGGCAGGAGAGUGCAGAGAAGAGAGUGGAGAGUUCCAGAGAGGGAGCAAACACACCUGCACAGGUGCAACUGAAGAGUCCCUCAUUAAACGGGCAGACACACAGUGAAAAACAUACAGAGCAGAAGGGUGAGAGAGGUCAGGUGAAGGAGGGCAGUGCCCAGGUGAGAAAAAACGAGUGUCCCACAGUGCAGGUGCAGGGAACCCAGCUGAAGGUGACAGGUGAAAACCAAAGUGUGCAAAAACAAGAAAACAGCCAGCUUCUGGUACAGGACAGAGAGAGAGGAGCUGCCAAGGUAGAAGCACCUGCCCAGGUAAAAACAUUUGUCCAGAUAAAAGCACCUGCCCAGGUAGAAGCACCUGCCCAGGUAAAAACAUUUGUCCAGAUAAAAGCACCUGCCCAGGUAGAAUCACCGGUUCUGGUGAAGACAUUUGUCCAGGUAAAAGCACCUGUCCAGGGAGAAGCACCGGUUCAGGUGAAAGCACCUGUCCAUGUAAAAGCACCUGACCAGGCAGAAUCACCUGCCCAGGUAAAAGCACCUGCUCAGGUAGAAGCACCUGCGCUGGUAAAAGCACCUGUCCAGGUAGAAUCACCUGCCCAGGUAAAAGCACCUGUCCGUGUAGAAUCACCUGCCCGGGCAGAAGCACCUGCCCAAGUAAAGAAACCUGCCCAGGCAGAAUCACCUGUUCAGGUAAAGGCACCUGCUCAGGUAUCAUCUCCCAACCCAGUAACCCAGGUGGUAAAACAGGAGCCCAGCAGCCAGGUGAAAAGCCCAGUGUCUGAGCAAGUGAAGGUCCAGUCUCCAGCUCAGGAUCGCACUGUGAAGACUCCAGACGGCCCCCUGGUGAACGGCCGGGGAAACAAGACACCAUCACAAGUGACAUCAAAGCCGGGAUUGAAAGACAGCAGCCCCGCCUCCCUCCCCCCUUUACCAGUUUCCCGGGCUCCGCCUCCUCUCAUUAACCUGGAGCCUAUAGAGAAAAGGGGCGGAGCAAAUGAAGAGGAAGUUCAGUCGAUGGAGGUCAGCCCCGUGUCGAAAGAGGAGCUGAUCUCCAUCCCGGAGUUUUCUCCGGUGGCGGACGUGCAGCAGAACGGAGUGAGUAACACGCGGGCGCUGGAGGACCUGCUGGACCUGACGGGUCACGUGGCGUAUCCCAGAAUUCCACAGGGCGCCACGCUGGGAGACUGCAACAAAAACCUGAUCGAGGGGGUCUGCAGCCCGAGCGGCGACAACAAAAUCAUCUCCACCAGCCCCGCCUCCAAACUCAACAUUCAGUAAGGAGGAGGGGGCGGAGCUUAGAGAGGUGGAGUGAGUGACGGACUGUCGAGUGUGGAUGAAGCAAGCGGAGUGGAAGAGAAACAGAAGAGGAGGUUCUGGAAACUGACUGAUACUGAAUGUACUUUCAAUGCGUGAACAUCUUCAGCGAACACAUUUACCCAUCAGCCUCGCGCUCCUCAUACUACCACGUGCACAGCCGCAGCCGCAGUCUUACUAGACCGAAGUACAGUGAUGAUGAUGAUGCUGAUGAUGAUGAUGAUGAUGAUGAAUGUGCUAUUUCUUUACCGCUAACAGAGAGCAGUAUUAGUGUGAGCUAACUGUUAGCUUUGGGUAAGUAUGUAUGCGUGUUGUAUGUGCGUACAUGCAGUAUUUAUUUAUGUUUGUACCGGUAUGACUGGCUAAAGUGCUCACAAGGGACGUGAAAAAAGACUUUCUGUGGAGCAAUACCUUCUUAAACCACGUUUUACUCUUUCCUAAGUUAGCCUGGAUAGAAUUAGCCGACUACAGUUCACCUUUAAAUGAGAAAAAACUCCAGCCUAAAGAGGUGUACGUCAUCCACCCCCACUAGCGUUAGAGACCAUCCAUAUUGUAGUAGAUUUUAACCCUUAACAGUGUAAGAAAACUGUUCUAACUCUAAUUAUAGGGUAGCUAGGCCAUAUUUCAUGCUAAUAGGCUAUGGAAAAAGGUUCCCUGCAUCGCAUUGCAUUGUAGCCCCUCAAGUUUGCUAUGAACUGCUUGUUUUCCUGGACAGGACUGUUUAGCGCUGUAUUGUAUGUAGCCAGUGAUUUGGGUGAAAGGAAUAGUUACGUCAAAAAAUGAUAGCUAAUUGUUGCUAACAGUAGUUAAAUGUGAAUAGCCAGCAGUUAGCAUUAGCAUUAGGCAAAUGGGGUCUUACUAACCUUCCAUUUGUGCCCUGUUGGCAUGUUUUGAUGGGCUAUUCCUUUCACUGGGACUGCAACAAGUAGGUCUGCUGUGUAUUAUGACACUGAACGCUAGUCAAUCGCGAACGGCUGAAGGCCUCCAGGUCACUGUUAGUGUUUAUUCUGAGUGAGUUUUCCUCCAGGGUGUGAGUAAAAAGUGCUUUAAAGUGUUCCACAACCUGCACAUCCACAAUCCUUCUGUAUAAACAGACAGUGGAGCCUUUCAGAUGCUUAUUUCUUCUCUAAACUUGGUAUUAAGGAAGGACAGCGGUCUUCAAUUAUCCUUUUGUAGUUUCUGUUGUGAGGUCGGACGAGCUUUGC